GAAGAAGUCGCGUCUGAAAGCGGCAACGUUGUAACACAUCAAUCAGUGGAGUUACAGGCAAACAAGCAGACGCCUAGUGUGAAAGAAAAUGAUGGUGAAGAAAUUGCUGUUGUUCAGAACAAAGCAGUCGAGUCUGAAAAUGGCAAUGUUCUGACACAGCAACCAGUAGAGUUAGAGGCAAACAAGCAGACACCGAUUGUGAACGAAAAUGAUGUUGGGAAAUUCCUGUUGAUAAGAAACAAGCAGUCACGUCUGAGAGCUUCAAUCUUGUAGUACUGAGUGAACAGCAACAAGUAGAGAUUAAAGAGUCAAGCAAGCAGACGCCUUGUGUGAACGAAAAUGAUGUUGGGGAAAUUGCUGUUGAUCAGAACCAAGCAGUCACGUCUGAAAGCUUCGAUGUUGUAGCAAGUGAACAUCAACAAGUAGAGAUUAAAGAGUCAAACAAUCAGAUGCCUGGUGUGAACAAAAGUGAUGUUGGAGAAAGUGCUGUUGAUGCGAAAAAGGCAAUCUCGACUGAAGGCAUCAAUGUUCUUAUAAGUGCAGGUCAGCAAGUGGAGAUAGAAGCAAGCAACCAGAAGACUGGUAACGGAAGUGAUGAUGGAGAAAUUAUCGUUGACCAGAGAACAUCAGUCGCAUCUGAAAGCUUCAAUGUUGUAACAAGUGAACGUCAACAAUUAGAGAUAGAAGCAAGCUACCAGUCGUCUGGUGUGAACGAAAGUGGUGGUAGAGCUGGUGGUGUUGAUCAAAGAGAAGCAGUCGCGUCUGCGGAGAGCUUUAAUGUUGUAACAAGUGAACUUCAGCAAGUAGAGAUAGAUGCACACAAGCAGACGGCUUGUGUGAACGAAAAUGAUGUUGGAGAAACUGUUGUUGACCCUGGAGAAGCAGUCUUGACUGAAAGCAUCACUGUUGGAACAAGUGACGGUCAG